AUGCGUAACCAUCUUGGAAAACAGCGAAAAUCAUACAAAAGUGGACCAAACUGUAAUUUUGACAACUAUCGACAUAAUUCUGUAAAACCAGCGAUAGCAAAAAUCAUUGAGAAAAUAGUUCAUGGUCAAUUGAUUAAUUAUCUUGAAAUGAACAACCUUCAUCAUAAUCAAUAUGGUUUCAGAGCAGGAAGAUCCACCAAUCUGGCAACCAUGUCUUUCACUGAUAGUAUAAGACAUCAUGUAGAUAGAGAAAUUGUUGGAGCGGUUCACAUAGAUUUAAGUAAAGCAUUCGAUAUGAAGGAGCACCUCACUGUUGGUGUACCCCAGGGAACAAUUUUAGGUCCGCUGUUGUUUUUGUUGUAUUUUAACGAUCUUGCUGACAACUUGAAACAUUCUGAAAUAAUCAAAUACGCCGAUGAUACUGUUUUGUACCAUCCAUGA